AUGUCGACGUCGAACUCCUCAGACGCCCGCGCCCAUCCUACUCCACUGGCUGACUCAGCCCACGACUUCGUCCUUGAUCGCAUUCGCGAAAAUCGGUUCGACGUCGAGUUAACGCUUGAGGUGGGGAUUUAUAUCACGAGGAUGGGGGAUGUCGAGAAGGGCAGCCGAUGGGUGGAUAAAGGGAAAUUCGUGCAGAGUAAAACGCGCCAUCGCAUCCUCCGUCGCGAUCGCAUCGCUGAUAUCGCGUUUCGCCCGGACGCAGAGCUCAACAAGCACACUGACCAUGCCGAUAACACUGUCAGGGUGUUUGUAGGAUCGGCCUGCCAAGGCGAUAAUGACAACCUCGUCAAAGUCGUUUGGUUCUUCAACUCGCCAGAUAGAGUCGACAGAUACCGCGUCGUGGGGUACUAUCCGCUGGAGGGAUACGGCCAACACCAAAUAGAUGACCUCGCCACGCUGGGGUCCUCAGAAUUCAGAAGACGCUUGGAGGGCAUAUACAGUCGCCAGAGGGAGUUCACGGGUCCUGGGCGCAGGGCUAUACUUACACCGCCAGAACUUUGA